UAUAUAUAUAUAUAUAUAUAUAACAUGGAUGGGCACAAUCAUACUACAGUCACAGAAUUCCUCCUCCUGGGACUGUCUGGCCAGUCAGAGCAGGAAGAGGUGCUCUGCGGGCUGUUCCUGUGCAUGUACCUGGUCACCGUCAUCGGCAACCUGCUCAUCAUCUCGGCCAUCAGCUGUGACCCUCAUCUCCAUACGCCCAUGUACUUCUUCUUGGCCAACCUCUCCAGUGUUGACAUCUGCUUCUCAUCAACCACAGUCCCCAAGAUGCUGGUGAAUCACGUGGUGGGGAGCAAGUCCAUCUCUUACACGCAGUGCAUGACUCAGAUGUACUUCUUCAUCACUUUCAUCAACAUGGACGGGUUCCUCCUGAGUGUGAUGGCCUAUGACCGUUAUGUGGCCAUCUGUUGCCCACUCCACUACACCAUGAUCAUGAGGCCCAAACUCUGUGUCCUCCUGGUGGCCCUCUCUUGGGUCAUUACAAACCUGCAUGCUCUCCUCCACACUCUGCUCAUGGUUCGACUCAACUUUUGUUCCAACAACACUGUGCACCACUUCUUCUGUGACCCCUACCCUAUCCUGAAGCUCUCUUGUUCUGACACCUUUAUCAAUGACCUCAUGGUCUUCACUGUGGGUGGGUUGGUAUUUCUGACACCAUUUACAUGCAUUGUCAUUUCAUAUGCUUAUAUCUUCUCUAAUGUGCUGAAGUUGCCCUCAGCCCAGGGGAUAAGGAAAGCUCUGUCCACCUGUGGGUCCCACCUCACUGUGGUCUCCCUCUUCUAUGGGGCAAUCCUGGGUGUCUAUAUGCGCCCUUCAUCCUCCUACUCGGUACAGGACAUGGCAGCCUCUGUCAUCUUCACAGUGGUGACGCCACUGGUCAAUCCCUUCAUCUACAGCCUGAGGAAUCGGGACAUGAAAGCAGCCCUGAGGAAGCUAAUUCUCAGAUCCCAGAAUUAG